GCGUGGGCGGUCGCGCAUGGCACUUUGCCUCGUCUCUCCGUACCGCGAGCUACGCUACGAGCUAGCUGUAAUUUAAUACGCGAAAUUACACGUUUGCGUGCCGUGGAAGAAUGUAGAUAACAGUGUGUCCCGAUAUCAUCGAUGUAAACAGGAAUUUAAGAAACGUGAUAAUUAUGAAAAGCAAUAUUACAAUAGUAUAUCAAUAUAAUGGGUAAUGGGAUAUAUGGGUAUCCAAGUAUUAUAAGGUCGUGCAUAUCAAAACUAUGGACAUUCAGAAACAGCAGCUAUGUCCACGGUUGGUGGAUUAUUUAACUAUUGUUGGUGCUAAACCCUAUACGUCGGGUAAGGGGUUGGCGCCUGUUCAGGCACCGGAGCUACUCAGGCGUUACCCUCUCACCAACCACGAUGACUUCCCGCUGCCGCUGGACAUGGUGUACUUCUGCCAGCCCGAGGGUUGCGUGUCGGUGGGGCAGCGCCGACAGCUGGCGCACAUCACCACCAGGGACACCACCUCGUUCGUCUUCACGCUCACUGACAAGGACUCGGGUAAAACGCGCUAUGGGAUCUGCAUCAACUUCUACCGUGCGGUGGAGCGCGCGCCGGCGCCGGGCCCGCGCGAGCGCAGCGGUCUUCGUCGGGAAUCGUGGCGCAAGUCCAUGGAGAGGAGCUCCGACUCCGCCUUCUCCAGUGACUAUAGGAGCAGCAACGUAGCGCCGAGCGACUCGGACUGCAGCGCCGCGCCGCGCCUCGCGCCCGCGCCGCCCGACUCCGAGAGCGGCGGCUCGCACUCGCCCAGCCCGCGUGCCACCAGGAAACGACAGCGAGUGAGGAAUCAUUCCCUAACGUCCAUUUGCCUUUUAUCACACCACCCUUUCUUUUCCACAUUCCGAGAGUGCCUCUUUAUCCUUAAAAAAUUAAUUGAUGCCUGCAACGAGUCUUCCAGUCCGAGGCGCGUUGGCGCGUCCAGACAAACGUUUAGAGAUACGGUUUGGUCGGUGUUAACGGGCCAAGCGUACGACAACACUCCGACAAUAGUGGUCCACGACGUCAAAGAGAUCGAGACGUGGAUCCUGCGUCUAUUGUCGGCGCCCGUGCCCGUGCCCGGCAAGACACGGCUCGAGCUGGAGGUGCUGUCGCCCACUGCGCACGCGCCGCUCGUGUUCGCGCUGCCAGACCACACAAGGUUCACUCUCGUGGACUUCCCUUUACAUCUGCCUUUGGAAUUACUCGGAGUAGACACCUGCUUGAAAGUAUUAACACUGAUAAUGUUAGAAAACAAAGUAGUGGUACAGUCUCGCGACUACAACGCCUUGUCGAUGUCGGUGAUGGCGCUCGUGUCAAUGCUGUACCCGCUCGAGUACAUGUUCCCCGCCAUCCCUCUGCUGCCCAGUUGUAUGAACUGCGCCGAACAACUGCUGUUGGCACCGACGCCAUUUCUCAUUGGAAUCCCGGCAAACUUCCUCACCUACAAAAAGAACUUCAGGUUUCCUGACGAUAUUUGGGUUGUAGACUUAGAUGCAACAAAACUGACAUGUCCCACUGGUACCGACCAGGAGUUACCUCCACUACCAGAACCGGAGAGCUCUGUCCUGAAAAAUCACUUGAAACAGGCUAUGCAAGUCAUGGGAACCGCCGGAACUGGUGCCCUAAGCAGUCUCACCAACAGUUCCGCUGACCACGCGUCGGCGUCUCUGAUGCCUUCUCGCAGAGACAGCGUCGGAGGAGCUACACUUAAAGUGCAGCCAGCGUCAUUCAGGGAGGGCUCCCACAGCACGCCGGAGAGCCGGCGCGUGUCGGUGGGCAGCGCGCACGCGCAGCGCCUGUCGCUGGCGUCUCCGCAACCGCACGCUUCGCCGCAGCCGCACUCGCCGCCGCAGCCCUUCAACCCGCUCAUAUACGGCAACGACGUGGACUCCGUGGACGUUGCUACUAGAGUCGCGAUGGUGCGAUUUUUCAAUUCACAAAACGUAUUGGCCAACUUCAUGGAACACACUCGCACGCUGCGCCUGUACCCGCGCCCUGUGGUCGCGUUUCAGAUCAACAGCUUCCUGCGCUCCAGACCAAGGACGAGCUCUUUUUUGAACAAAUUUGCUAGAACGCAGGCGGUGGAAUUCUUAGCAGAAUGGUCUCUUACGCCGUGUAAUGUUGCCUUCUUGCGAGUACAAACUGGCGUAUUUGACCCACGGCAAAUUGGUGACAAGCCCAAGUGGUUCGCAGACCAGUUACAGCCGAUUCGAUUCGCUGUUUGGGACGACGGUAGCUCGUUAAAUGGUGCAUUGCGACAACUUCAGAGGCUUGAAAAUCAACCGACAGACGAGAGUGGAUCAGAUUCCGAGGCGGCAGAGAGUACUAGUUCCUCGUAUUCAUCUUUAAGUGAUUUUGUUUCCGAAAUGGCUUCAUCUGAUUUAUCACCAGGUGCAAAUGCUCACCAACAGCAUGUAGUGGGAGAAACCUACAAUGCAGUGAUACAAGUUCCAAUGACGCUAUCAUCUUCUUUGGAUCCAAAAACGGUAUACACUCCUCCUUCGUCCUUAAUGUUCGGAGACGAGGAACCUCGAAAGACGGGUCGUGAGUCGACUUCACCAUCGCCAUCCGCUUCCAGUUCGGAGCACAGCGACUUAUCUGAUGAUGAGGUCCCCGGAGACACGGACAGACCGAACGUGGCCGACAGUCAACCAGCUCCUGUGAAAAAGAGUGACACCGACAGCGGCAGUCUAGGCCCAGAGUCGGACUCUAACUCGACUACGACGCCGGCCACCGUGGCGUCGCGUCGCCCGCGCUCCCCCCAGCGCGCCCCUUCGCACCACCCCUCGCAACCACCCGCACAGACCUCUCAGCACUCGAGACCCAAGAGUUCAAACACUGGUGUAUCGAGGCAGGCAUCGCAGACUUCGCUCCUUGAACAAUUUGCCGCGCAAGCAAAGGAAUUGGUGCGAGAAACUACUCGUCAAAGCAGUCAAGAGGGCUUACUGGCUCAUAUGGACAAGAAAGGAAAAGUAGCACCAGCGGAGGAAAAGAAUAUUUUUGCGCCUUUCGACAAGCUAACACAUCACGCUAAGAAAGCGGCCGAAGAAGCUUCGAAAAGUGUGCAGGAAGCAUCUAAAUCAGCACUAGAGGCCAGCAAGACCGCUACUGCUGUGAGCAAAAACACUUUUGAAGAUCUAUCGUACGUCAGUAAAUCAACAUUUGGAGAUCUCACAAAGAGUGCCAAAGAAGUUGCAGCGAAAAAAGGGCUAUUGAAGGGAGAGAGCCAAGAUGGAGCUGCUGCCCAAAAUUCCAGAAGAGACUCGACAGCGCUACAGACCACCAAUUUGCUAGCAACUACUCAUCGAGACUUCUUUUCUAACAUCAGUUCUGAUCUGAACGGUCUAGCUGCCUCCACAUCUAGCAUGUUCAGUGACUUCUUUGGAUCUAAAGGAAAGCAAGCAAAGCCCGUAGAGGCGCCCGCACCGGCCCCGCUUGCAGCGACUUUCGGGCCCUUCUCGCAAGGCGCUAGAGGACUCGUACAGCGUUCUCCGCUGAUCCGCCACGCGUCCCCGGUGCCUCCCUCGCCGCAGCCAACUACCCGCUCUGUUAACAGUGAGAACCAGGCCUUCCUGAACGACUUAGUACAACAUGCUCUUGAAGGCGAGGGGGUGGGAUGGCUGAAACUAAAUCGCUUAAAGAAACUAAUGGAAGACGAAUCAUACAGAAAUAUGGUGCUCAGCAAACUGAAUAAGAAUUUCAACAGAAAGACAUCGCCUAAUGAUAAAGUAGAUGAUGCAUUUGUCAGUAAACCAGUGUGGAAAGGUAUGCUGAAAGUCCUACAAGCAGUAGUCCACGGUUUGGAACACACAUAUUCCAACUUUGGUCUCGGUGGAAUGGCUUCAGUUUUCCAACUGGCUGAGAUGGCACACACUCAUUAUUGGAGUAAAGAGGUCGCAGGGCUAGAGCACGGUGGCAUGGCGGGCUCUGCUCUAUCAGACCAUUAUGGACGGCAAGAUAUCGAAACUCCAUCAUCAACACCAUCUUCUAGAAAAAGUUCCUCAUCGGAUGUGCCCGUUGUAAAUUACCCAGAAAUGGACCCCACCGAAUCACAAAGUACGACAGAGAUUUUCAAAGAUAUGUUGAAUCAAAAAAGGAAUCUUCUAUUUAGCAAAUUAUCUUCCUUUGAUUCAGAUGCGGCGGCGUCGUCGGACUCGCCGGACGACAGUGGCUCCAUCACCACAAACCGCAACACUCUAAUCGACCAUCGCGCCUCUUUUAAGUCUAAUCUCUCUGAUACUGACGUCAUGUUCCUCAGUGUGGGUCGACCGGGCGGCAAAGGUCGGCCAGGAAGUGCGUAUUCGUCUAAGUCGUCGCUGAGCGGGCGCCCAAUGGCCGGAGUGCCCACGACCUCGCCGCUUACCUCGCCUGAGACAGCGCGCACUUACCUCUACCAGGGACUCAUAGGAAAAGAAAGAUCAAAUUUAUGGGACCAAAUGCAGUUUUGGGAGGAUGCAUUCUUAGAUGCUGUGAGUCAAGAGCGGGACAUGAUCGGUAUGGACCAAGGUCCGAAUGAAAUGAUGGAAAGGUACAAAUGUCUGAGCGAGACAGAGAGAAAACGACUCGAGCAUGAAGAAGAUAGACUGCUAUCGACCGCUUUGUAUAAUUUGACUGCAGCGAUGGUUCUAUUCGGUGUUGAAGCUGAUAUAGUUCGAAAUAAAGUACGACGGUUAUUGGCUAAGAGUCAUAUCGGCUUAGUGUACAGCCAAGAAGUCAACCAUUUACUGGAUGUCGUUCACAAUUUGCACGGGAACGACAUAAGUCUGAAGGCGCUAGGCUCGCGCGCGGUGCGGCGCGCCACGUUUACCGUACACGAGGGCGACGCGGCGGGCGCGCUGAGGUUCAUGGAGGUGCGCCAUGACGGGCUCGUGCUUCGCUCCACGCAGGGAACAAUAGUAGAGAGGUGGUGGUAUGAACGUCUGGUGAAUAUGACGUAUAGUCCCAAAAUACGAGUUUUGUGCCUUUGGAGAAAGAACGGUGGACAAACGCAACUACAUAAAUAUUAUACUAAGAAGUGCAAAGCGCUAUAUUACUGUAUCAAAGAGGCGAUGGAAAAAAGUGGGCGGCGGCAGGACGCAGCCGAGCUGGGGGGAGAGUUCCCCGUGCAGGACUGCGCCACCGGGGAGGGAGGCCUCAUACAGGUGUGCAUGGAAGGCGUCGGACUCCUGUUCCACCACAGCAAGUUUUUCGUGCGGUUGGAUCACAUACGAAAAUGCUUCACUCAGAAUGGCGGUAUCUUUGUUUUAGAAGAAUUUAAUCCCAAAACGAGACAGAUAAUACAGAGAAAAUACAAGUCAAUAAUGGCAGAUCAGAUAUGUUACGCGGUGCUAUGCGUGUUCUCGUAUUUCGCGGCGGGCCAGGAGCAGAAGAAAGCUAUUUUAGAGCAAGCGGCGCGCGUGCAGCCUGCGCCAGAUAGCGCACCCGCUCCCGCUUCCGCGACCGCGCCUGUGCCGCAGCCCGCUGACACUGACGCCACCCGCGUGCAGGCCCAGCCACCAGUGCAGGUGGAUAGAAGGCCGUCGGAAAUAAGAGCCAGCGACGUUCCUCCCGAGAGGCAAAGAUUGCCACCGGACAGGCAGCCGCGCAUUCUGCCCGAGAGGCCGAGGCUACUGCCGGAGCAACCGGUCCGCGCAGAGAGUCGGGACGGCGCGCAGACGGCUGAGGCGCGCGCGGAGGGCCGAGAGAGUGCGGAGAGAGAGCGACAGGCGGCGCAGCGCACGGAGAGCCGAGAGAGUGCGGAGAGAGAGCGGCCGGCGGCGACGCGCACGGAGAGCUUGCCGCCGCGCCGCCCGCCGCCACCCACGCCGCCGCAGCAGCGCCUCGCGCGCGCGCACUCGCAGGCGUGUCCGCCGCGCCCGCACGACCCGCCCACGAUUCCUCCGCGCGUGGGAGCGAGCGCGCGCGGCGUGGCUCCGCCCGCGCUACCGCCGAGACAAAUGUCUGCCGCCGCGGACAUCAGCACCAGUCCCCGCAGUUCGCCGACGUCGAGCCCUGCGCGUCGCGGCGGGCUGGCGCGGCAGGGCUCCGUGGGCCCCUUCCCCUCCAGCAACCCCUUCACCGCGCCGCGUCACGCCGAGUUCGUGAUCCCGCAGCGCAGCGCGCGCCGCCCCUCCGCCGACCGAAGCUAGACACCGACUACUCACAAGCUGACCCAUUCGAGAAUAGUCUAUGUAGAAAUAGUGGACGGUAUUAUAACAAACAACGCUAAAAGCUAACGUUUUUAGCAAUAGAAGUAGCAAGGGGGCGUAGCCCGCGUACACCCGGGUGUGCGGAACAUCGCAAGCGUGUCUGCGCUUGUACUAGCUGUCUUGUUUUGUUCUGUGAUAAAAGGAAUAGGGACAACCCACCACCUCCCAUGGCCCAUUCAACCUCUCGGUAAUUUGGGCCGAAUCGAGGGAGGGCGAACCCGGUACUUGCUCUUUGCGUGUUCCCGGGACGCCUUCUUGACUCCCUACAAGUUAUUUUCUCUUUUCGCUCCUUGUCCCUUGAUACUCACUCUCCCCCUUCUGGGGCUGGACGACACACGACGUUGAGAUCCCCUUUCCCGCCGCGGUCCAUGCAUCACCUUCGACCGGUGGUCAACGGUCCAAAAGGACACAAGGUCCGGUGACAAAAGGAAUAAAUAAUAUUCAACUCUAAAGUUAGGGUGACAUAUUUCAUUUUUCACUAAAUAUUAAACAGCCAUUUAGGCCACGCUCCUGGGUACGCUGGGUUCAAUACAAAGAAUUGGCACUUUAUAAAUCUAGUUACCGCUUAAUCUGUGGACCUCUGCCUUCGAUUCGAAUAGCGUAGGUUGAAAUCCGGUCUGUGACAUACACCUUUUCAGUUAUGGGCAUUUUAAGAAAUUAAAUAUCACGUGUCUCAAAAGUUAAAAUAAAAAUAUUGUUUACAUACCUGAGAAUUUUUUAAACUCUCUACGUGUGUGAAAAAUAAAAUAUAAAUAAAUGAACGCAAAACGACAGUUUCUCAGCGUAUGGGGUGAAAUAGAGACGCCUGCGUGAUGGGUGUGACUGUGAGAUGCCACGAUAUCGGCCGCCAUUUUUAAAUUAUCUAUUCUAGAAUGGCGCGACUUAUACAUAGAUUUAUUACGUUUAGAAACACCCAAUACUGUUAGCAAGUUGUAGAGUCUUUCACGUAAUAAUUCCAUGUGGAAUUGCUUGUACAGUGAAAUCCUUUGCCCUGACAAUAAUAAUUAACCUAUGCAUAAAGCAUUGGGCUCUAUGUUGUUAUCCGACCGCAGUUAAAUAAAUAAAUAUACAUAUAUCUAUAGCAAA